GCGUACACACAUUAUCCUUUUCUCUCUCCCCGCGUUCGUUUCCGCGCGCGGCGGCGCGUCCUCUCUCACUCUGUCUCUCUCUCUCUCUCUUUCUCUUCCCUCCCGUCUCGCGCGCGCUUCUCCGUUCGGCACGCACGCUCCGUAUAUUCCUCGCGGACGUACGUGUAAUACGGACGAACGUGCGUGCCUGCGUGCGUGCGUGCAUGCGCGCGUGCGUGCGUGCGUGCGUGCGUGCGUGCGCGUGCAUCGACAGUACGCGCAGGUACAAAUAUUUCGCGCAAACACAAGUUCUUUUCGUUUUUCUUUACCUCCUUGCGUCGCGCGUUUCGCGGUCCACCUUUUCCUGCGCGCUCUCGCGCGAGCGAGCGGUGUCCGCGAGUGCGCAACGUGUCGCUGUAUAUGUGUGUGUAACGUGCACGUGAUUUCUUUUUUUUUUAUGCAUGACUACUUCGCGCACGGCGCGGCGGACAGACAACAACAGCAGCAGCAGCGGCGGCGGCGGCAGCAGACAGUACGUGGAGGACACGUCGUCGUGGUCGGCCGUCGCGCCGCACCAUCGAGUCGACUAACGGAGCAGCGCGACGGCGCGGAACGCGCGCGCAGGAAGAGAUACAUUCGUUUUCUCUCGUCGCAAGGAAGAGAAGUGCAUCGACGACGCGUCGACGCGACGUCUGCGCCGGCGGCGGCGGCGGCGGCAGCGGCGGCGGUGGCGGCGAUGCAACGACAACGACGACGACGACGACGACGACUCGACGAGUCGUCGUGUGACCCAUAUACACGGUGACACGGUGACACACGGGGGGAAAGUGAUCGCGAGCGAGCCGAUGCGAAUGCAUGGGUGCGCGCACAAGUGUCGCGGUUUCGUCGCGGGAAAGAGCGGGAAAAUCGAGCGCGGCGUUGUCCGACGACGACGACGACGAGACGACAACGCGCGUGUGUGACAGCGGCGCAGGGCGAAAGGAAGGUGCGUGAAUAAACGAAGGAACGAAGAAACGAACGAACGAACGUGAGUGCGUUGCGAAACAACGCUCCUUAGGCCUGAGAUGUGGCACAAAAUGAAGCGAGCGUAUCCGCGAGCGAUCGAUAACUAUAGCGGCACUAUAGUCGACUCGGUGAAUAGCAAGCGGCCCGUGCUACCAGCCAAUCCAACCUAACGGACAACGCGUGACCUCCAGGAGCGGCGUGGCGAGUGUAGGGUGGAUAGGUGGCUAAGGUGGCUUCACCGACUGUCCCGAUAGAGUCGCGCGACGCUUUUGUUGCUACACCUGAAAAAUAAAGAGCAUCGCGAAGAAAACGGCGAAAAGAACGCCGGGAAAGAAGGAAAGAAAGAGAGAGAGAGAGAGAGAGAGAGAGCGAUGUGAAUUGGAAGGGAUCGCCGCUCUUCCGAGUGAUCCUCGCGAUGGAACGCCGUUAAUGACGCGACGGUGAUCGACGGAAUCGAUCGAUCCAGCGCGCCCGCGGUGUCUUCGCUCCCCCUCUCCGGAACGUUCGAAGCGGAACGGGGACAGAAUAAAAAUCAAGGAAGAGAGGCAAACGGAAGAAGGUGGAAAGGAAGAAGGGCGAGAGAAAGGACGAGCGAGAGAGCAAACAGGUGGAGAAAGAGAGAGAAGGAUAGAGCGCGAGAAGGGAGAAGGAGAGAAACUGUGGUAGAAAGGAGUAGAGAAAGAGAGAGAAGGAAGGUAUCUUAUUUUUAGCCGCGCCGCUUUGCACAUCGCAAAAACCGGUUUCGCGAAGUCCAUCGUGGAGUACGAAGGAAACCGAUAGCUUUCGCCGAGGGUUUUCGAGGGAGGAACCGAGGAAGAAACGCUUAUGUAGAUAACAAAGGCACGUGUGCAAGGCUCGUCGUCCCUGUCUCGCGGAGAAACAGUGGGAAAAGAAAGGAGCGGAGAAAUAUAUGUUUAUUAUUAGGCGCGAGAGGAACAUCUUCGAGUGGAAAUUGUCCUCUCGGGCGCGUUCCCCCGAAGAUAUACGUUCGAAGGUAUACGAAAAAUCCAGGAAUGACAAAUAAGGCAUAAAGAUUUAAAAAAAAAGAUGAAAAAAAAUUCAUUGUGAUACCCGACCCCAAGGCUUUGCGCGACGUACGUGUGUGCGUGUGAAAAUAAAGAGAAAGACUUGGGAGGAGACAAUGGACACGGAACGUGGAAUUCGCUUAACUCGAUACGCGCGCGAUUCUCUUGCACCCCGCCGCACCUUGCUCACCUCCCUCGUGCCUCCCACCCGCUAGAAGCUAUAGCCACCUCCGCCGCUCCUUCUCUCGGUCUACCCGGCUUAUCGAUUGCGUGCAUGCGUACGCGACAACGCGGUCGACACGAGAUUCGAUUAUCGACCGCCUAGACGACGACGACGACGACGACGACGACGAUUUCGGAAUUAAAGGAGCUACCUGAUACUAGCUGGUACCUGUCGAAGAUAAGCGUGACAAACAAGUCCACGAGAAAUUCCAAGGAUGCUUUCCGAUUGACGGAUCGAAAACUGCUAUCAACUGGUCGUCUCGAGCGAUCUUCAAAGACCGAUAAUAAGUAAAGUCAAAGUUGAUUAUCGAUGUGGCAAAAUUUUAAUUACUGAAUGUUUAUCCAGCAAGAGAAAGAGAGAGAGAGAGAGAGAGAAAGAGAAGAGAAUAAGCGUACACGUAUAUCGCACUCUAGUCCGUAAUUUUUAAUGAAAAUCGAAAGAGAACGGAACUUAGCGAAAGAAGAUAUUUUAUUCCUCACUAAUGAACAUUAACCGGUAGUGCCGAAUCGUGCCGAUGCUCGGUAUGUUUAAUUUCCAAUCGUAUUGUAUAAUAAUAUAUAUCGAUAAUAUAUCAGUACACCGAUAAAAUAGAAAAAUCCAUCUGCAAUCGAUCGACGUCUCCGAGCUGAGAAUCGAUUGCCGAAUUACUCAGUACUCACGACUGACUCACGCGCAAUCUCUAUAAAUCGCGCGCGAUAUCGUUGAUAUUGAAAAGUACCGUCAGCCAUCGACGCCAACGUACGAUCAAUCCACGUCCGCGACAACAACGCGCUGAAAGAAGAACUCAACGUCGCAGACCCGAUCCGAGACGUCGUCGACAACGUUCGCGAAGAAUACGAACGAACGGCAUGAAGAAUGGCAACCAAUUCUUCGCCGAGCACUCGUCAGGGCGUGAGGGCGGUCGCCACGACGACUACCGAUCCGCAGCGGAGCGAGAACCGCGCCGUCGCGGCGGGCGCCGCCGGCGCCCUGGCCCUGAGCGUCGUCGCUCUGGUCGUACAAUCGGCGGCCACCGCGACUCCCACCUGGGGAUACUUCACCAAUCCUGACGCCGGCACCGCUGCGGAGAAGGGUUACUUCGGACCAUGGAGACAAUGUAAACUCCUACUUUAUGGACGUGAAUGGUGCGGCCAAAGCGUCUCCAGGUUUCAACCAGUGUUGGCUGUGUGGGUAGCAGGAUUAGCUGCCGCUGCCGCCUCUGCCCUUUUGGCGAUUCUGGUCGCUUUGGCUGUGCUUCAAUUAGCGAUGGCCUCCUCUGCGAAACGGGUUUUAAUCUCGUACAGUUCUGCCCUGAUAGGCAAAGUUGCCCUCGCUACAUUAGCAACGGCACUGUCGAUUGUAGCGGCGAGCCUCUUCGCUCUUCAAACAGAUGAUCGAGCCAAUAGCUUCGUCAUCACGAGAGGAGAAGCUUUCUAUAUGCAGUUGGCUGCCAUCGCCUUGAACUUUGCUGUACUGGUCUCUGCCAUUUACGAGGGCAUUUACGCCCGAAGAGGUGGCGAUCCGACCAAGAUUAGGGUCGCCACGGAUCCCCGCGGAACCACUAUAAAUAAUCCAGGAUAUCGGGAAUAUCACCAACCCACGAACGGUGGUUCGAUCUCGAUGACAGACGCCAGCGGCAAGCCGUAUGUCGGCGGGGCCGGAAACGGAUCGACGGCAUCGGUAGCGACCGCCGGAAGCGUGGCUAGCACAGCCUCGCCCCUUAGGAGCUCCCUGAAGAAGCCGAAACCCCUCGGCAUUCAUAAUCCUGGCUUCUCGACGCACAGCCCGACCUUGUCGAGGAAUGGCUCGCAGAAGAAAGUGCGCAUACAGACGCACUCGACGGAAGUUUAGCCGACGCGGCGACGCUCUCCUCACGCCGACGUUGUCAGCGUGAGAGUUGGCUACGUGAUUGCAACACCCGUCGUCGUUUAAGGCUGUUGCGACAGGAAAUCGAAUGGCGAUGACAAGACUUCUACUCGAAAGUAGUUCCACGUGCGUGUUCCAUUAACGGUAGGUGGUAUCCAAUAUUACUAUCGUUGAUCCAGCGCGAGAGAGCGCGAUCAAAGACGAAGUCCGUGUCGAACGGUCCUUGCUGUUCCACUGUGGCCGAUGAUGCGAAAGUUCUUUGUCGAUGACGUCGUACGUGACUUCGAUAAUGGGACUUUUAAUGUGUUCUAAAGGCGCGAACCAAGUCGUUCGCGAGUUUGGUGUAUCAUUACGACGACAGAAUGUAAAUAAGCUUGCACGAUCGAUAAUCGCCGGAACUCUUCGAAGCUACCUGAGUUAAAUAUCAAACAAAUUCAGAUCAAACGCGCGAAUAAUAGCGACUCGAAUACUAGGUUUCUUUUCCAAUUUUUCUACAAUAUCUUUACACUUACUGCUCGUGAGUGUGGACUAACGGAAUGCAAAUCAACUAUAAAAGUAUAGAACGGGGGAGAAUAGGUUGGAGUAAAAUAGAGAAAUAUAUCGUACAUAUGUUAAAGAAAACGAGAGAACCUGCAAUUGUUAUACAUCUGAUUAAUCGUUAUGAUUACGCAGCAUAUAAAAUAUAAAAAAAAAAUUAAGAAAGCAUUGCAUAACGUAAAAUAUAAUACGUAUGUGUGUAUGUGUGCGUGCGUGUGUAAGUGAUAAAAAUUCUGACCUAAUAUCAUGCGUACGUUUUUAUAAAUCUUAUGAAGUGUCGAACAAUAAAAUUACCACGUUACACAGGAUAUCAGGGUAUCCAUUGCAUAAUCUCAUUAAUAUUUCAAGUGAAAAAUUAAUAAAAUCGACAUUAAUUCAAACGCCGAUAAAUAUUUGAAAUUAUCUGUGUCAUUACAAAUUGCUCGUAUAAAUUUACAAUGUCCAAGCAAAAAUUGAUUCCAAUGCAUUCGACAAAUCUUUUAAAUAAAAUAUAUUAGAGAAAAAUGUGAAUUUUAAUGUAAAAUGAAAAGAGCUAGUACAAAAUGUUAUACUAGCUAAAAAUUACUUUUAAUAUUUGUUGUUGCUUUGAAAUGAAGACUGUAUUCUAUCAUAAUACUCUAUAUUAACCCAUCUUACUCUCUUGCCUUAAUAAGUAUAUUCUAUACACAAAGAAUAUAGAGAACUGAUAAUGAGCACAAAAUUAUUAUAAUAAUGAUCUCUAAGAUAAAUUAUUUUCUUCGUGAAAGUUUGCAAAUAAUACAAAAUUGUUGUAUCGUAUUAUUUAAAGUAUAAUCACGAAUUUCAUUUCUACAUUCUUUUCUUUGUAUUGUAAGAUAUUUGUUUAUUAUAUAUCUGAAAAAAUUUUAAACUGAAUUCAAUUUUCAUUAAAACAAAAAUUAUUCUGAUAAUAUCCUGCUUGUAACAAAACACGAUUAUUUUAGUCAUGUUGCUGGAGAGUUAUUUCAUUACGUAUUCAAAAUGCAAUAAAUAAUAUUUGCUAUCAUUAUUUAAUUAACAAUAAGUGCAACUUUUAAUGUUAAAGUUUAAUGAGAUAUUAAGAUAGAUAAAUUGGAAUUUUUAUAAUAUGUGAUUUCUAUAUUUGUUACAUACACACACAUAAAAUCGAAAUAAUUUUUACGAUUAUUUUUUAUGUGACCGUUGAUACAUCUGAAAUUCGAUCAUUAAUAGCGAUAAUUUUCUAAAACAUCUUCGUACUCUUGAAAGGAUAGAGCAAAAAGGAAUUAUUAAAGAUGUAUAUAAUGUAAGACAUACACGGCAAUGAACCGUUACCGAGAAUUUAAUAAUUGACUCGUGUAAGAUUUUUUCCGAUUUAAUAUAUAAAUAUUAAUGGUAUAAUUACAUAUUAUUUUUAUUAUUAACAGUUUUCCGUCCAAUCAAGUACUUUGUAAUAUUUAGUAUUAAUGUUUAUUAAUGUUUUGCUGAACGUUUUAUUAAAAUAAUGUUCAAAGGUUGAUGUAUUACGUAGAAAUUAUUGCGAACUUUGAAAAUAUUUGAUUUAUUUAUUAUUAAAUUGUUUAAGUUAUACGAUACACUUUAAUUGAUAAAAAAAUGAUUUCAAUUGAUAAUUAAGAGUUGGUUGUACCAACUCUUAAUUAAUCAAUAUCGCUUGAUAUUAAUUAUAAUGCAAAGAUUAUAGCAAUUUAUAUAACAAAUUGAAUUUUGAAAUGGAUAAAAUUAGCUGUAAAAUUAAAUCAAAUUAUUAUUGCAACAAUUUCUUUCUUAUAUUUCAAAUAAUAUAAUUUUCAUUAAGUUUUCUAAAAACUUAAUUGUUGAUUAUUACUAUUCGACAUAACGGAUUGCCGUGAUUGAAAGUCGCAAGAUGCGUGAUAUGUUUUCCUCCUUUUUUUUUCUUCUCUUUAUAUUUUCACGUUUUCUUUUAUAUUAUUAAUCUUAGUAAUAAUAAUCGUACUUGUCCUCAUCGCAAGAGGAAAGUGAAAUCAUAUUACAGCAUUGCAUCCGUCCAGCCCUACGUAGGCAGCUAGCUGUGAAAACGGCAAGAGAAAGAGAGAUAUAUAAAUAUAUAAAUAUAUAUUUAUAUUUUAUAUAGUGGUUGUUUUAAUAUAAUAUAUAUAUAUAUAUAUAUGUUACAUACAUACAUAUCUAUAUGUAUAUACAUAUACGUGUAUAUGUAUGUAAUAAAGAGAGAAAAAUAUAUACAUAUCUACGUACAUAUAUGUAUUUACGUACGCGAAACAAAAGUUUAUUAUUCGCGUGUCUUAUAUCGUGGAGAUCGAGGCACACAUCUGUUUUUUUUUCCAUCCGAAUAGUAUUAUUAUAUUUUUACCGCUUACAAUUUUCUCUUUAUCGUAAUUAUUGUUAUUAUAUAAUCAGCGUAUCUUUAUUUUUACACAAAUAUUUAUAUAUGACACUGUUCGAGAGCCGGCCUCGUUAAAAUGUAUCGUGUCGCGAAUCAUGAUCGUUUAAGAUCGUCUUAUCAGUCAAUCGAGAUGGUUUCCUAAAUACUAAAUAUAUUUGUUUAUAUGUGCACGUUCAAAAUAUAAUUUAUUAUCAUAUGCGGCCCUCUCACAAAACGAUCGUACGAACGCAAAAUUAAUCAAAUUAUUGUAGAAGUUAAGUUUUAGGUUUAUCUGGUAAGUCGAACGCAGCGAAAAUAGUCGCGACACUUCCCAUACACACAAUACACUCUUGUACUGAAACCUUUGUAAAAGGUACCACCGAAUAAUUUGUUCCAGUAAUACCUUAUAGCAAACACAUCGCAAUAAUAGGUUAAAAUUACUGCGACGGAAGAUAAUUUUGUAUCAGAGUAAAAGCAAUUUUCAUAUGAUUAUAUUUACGGUAAUUAAUCAUAAUGAAGGAGGAAGCGAAUAUCUAAUUUACUGCUAACUCUUUGAGACGUUAUAGUGCACAAGUCAUAUCCCUUUAGAAAUCGAAUUGUUUCACUACAUUCGAUUUACUAUUUUUUAUUCAAUUGAGUGGCAUGGUAAAUUGAUAUCACUUUUUCUAUUUUAAAAACAUCAAUAUAAAAAUCAAAGAUAAACUUUUUAUUUUUUUAAGAAGUGUCAAUGUCUCAGUUAUUAAUUUUUUUUUUUUGUCAAUGUUAAACUCAUAAUUUAAUUAGAAAAAAAGAUGUCAAAAUAUUUCUUUUAUGCUGGUGCAAAAUCAUCCUUGCAAAUUCUUUAUAUCAUCCCACAAGAUUGUUGUGACAUAUUUCAUUUCCUUGUUAUCGUUCAUACUAGAUAAUGUUAAUAGUUAACUUCUAUUAUUUAGUGAGCCGGUCAAGGAUGUGUAAUCGUAUAUAUUGUAUAUACCUACACGCAGAUAUCCGUUCACAUUCUAAUGCGAACGAUAUAUUUGUCACAUUUGCACCUAUCUACUUGUUAAGUCGGCUGUUUUUGUAAAGUUCGUACGUAUUCAAUGAUAUUAUUGAUAACGUGAUAUAAAGUGAUUCUACGCAAUCAAUAUUAUUAUACAACAUAUCUUAUAUUAUUCAGUGUUCCUUUAAUGAAUAUUGAUAUCGAGCAAAUAUUAUACCUACAUAUUAUUGGCACAAUAUAGUUGCAUUAAUAAUAUUGAUUGUGUAGAUGCUAUUUAAGUGCUUGUCAAGGACGGCACGGUAAGAAAUUGAAUAAUAAACGAGUUUCAAUAAAA